CGCAUAGUUGCCACCAUAGAAACUUAAUAUUACGUUGCCACGCAACAAGACAACUUUCUAAAAAUCAUAUAUUAUUAUAUCGCUAAAAGGUUGCUAUAGUAGCGCUGACCAGUAGUCACACAACAGCCAAACUUUCAAGUCAUGACUACCAAUUUAUUGUUCCUUUCUCUCCUCUUGACGAGUAUUUUUCAGUGGUGUAGUCCAGAAACGUGCACUUCUCCGAGUGCGUCGUCGUCGUCAUGGAGCAUGCCAUUCGUUAAAUUAGGUCAAAAGAGAUAUUAUGUGGGGCACUUUUUUAAGGCCAACUGGUACAAAUCGCAGCAGUAUUGUCGCUACCAUGGAAUGCAAUUAGCGAGCAUCGAGUCAAAGGAGGAAAAUGAUGUGCUUGAGAAAUACGUGAAUGAAAUUGGCCUCGGCUCAGACCACUUCUGGACCUCCGGGACAGACCAAGGCGAAGAAGGGAACUUCAUCUGGUUUUCCACUGGGAAACCAAUCACGUUCACAAAUUGGAAUGCAGGUGAGCCGAACAACUUCAAGUACGAGAACGGCGAGGAAGAGCACUGUUUGGAACUCUGGAACAGGGACGCGAAAGGCCUCAAAUGGAACGACACGCCCUGCUCUUUCGAAACUUUCUUCGUUUGUGAAGCGUGAUUUUUUUUACAAAUUUUUGUUCCUCACCUAAGAAUUUAUUUUUUUAUGUGUGUCCUUCGCGCAGCCCGAGCCAUACAACUAGCCAAAUAAAUCGCCAUAUUUUUUUUCGUUAAGAAAUUUAUUAAAAAACUUUAAAAAAAUUACAAAAAUAAAUGGCACAUGUGUUUUUAAAAAAAAG